AUGGCAGAUAAUAAUCUCAAAUCAAAGCCAGGCCAUGCUCGACAUGAUACCGCCUUGAUCCACGGACUGUCCUCAAGUGACGUUCAGAAAUUGUCAGAAUCAUGCGUUGAUGCAAAGUCCAAGGCGUACUGCCCGUACUCCCACUUUCGAGUUGGCUGUGCCGUCCUGUUGGCGAACGGAGAUGUCAUCCAAGGUGCCAACGUAGAGAAUGCAUCGUAUCCAGUUGGCACAUGUGCCGAACGUGUUGCCCUGGGCACUGCCGUGGUACAGGGUGCGCAAAAGGGCGAUUUUCGAGCAUUAGCCGUUUCCAGCGACAUUAGCCCGCCUGCGAGUCCAUGUGGCAUGUGCAGGCAAUUCAUCAGGGAGUUCUGCGAGCCCAAUACUCCUAUAUUGAUGUAUGACAAAGACGGCAAGUCCGUCGUCAUGACUCUCGAGCAAUUAUUGCCAAUGUCUUUUGGUCCCGAGAAGCUACUGCCGCCAGAGCAACUGCAGAAUGGGUUGGUGCAAUAGUGGGGGACGUGAAUGACAACAUCAUUAGCCGUAGACUUCCCUGGGCAGAGCAGAUCAGAAUGCCUGGGUCGCGGACAGAAGUACAGACCAUUCAGUGGUAUGAUAUGCACUCCUCAGACUCGAGCUCGUUCGUUCAGGCCGAGAUCGGCAAGCGCUGUUGACGGAGUU